AGUAGCAGGAGAGAGAGCGGCGGCCUCCGCCUGAAAUUGCUCUGAGCAUUUUGGGCUUUUUGCUGCGGCCGCCGCGCUCCCUUUCCUUUCCUUUCCGCGAAAGGGCACCGGGCAGCAUUGCAACCAUCACAAGUGAUCAGCAGUAGUGACAUCCUCUUCCCCCCCCAGGCCUUCAACCCACACUCCCCCGCUCAUCCACUCGCCAGCCAACGCAGCAACAAUGGCCUUCCACGACGGCCUCCACCCCUCCAUCCUCAUAUCCCUCUGGUUCUUCUUCUCAACAACCCUCAUAUUCUCAAACAGAUACAUCCUCGUCGAACUCAACUUCCCCUUUCCUCUCCUCCUCACCACCUGGCAUCUCUCUCUUGCCACUAUCGCCACGAGGGUCUUGAGAAAGUACACGAAUUUGUUGCCGGGAAUCGACGAGAUUGAUAAGAAGCUCACUUGGGAUAAAUGGGCGAGGACUGUGCUGCCCAUUGGCCUGCUGUUUAGUGGCAGUCUCGCUUGUGGGAACUAUGCUUACGUCUACCUAUCCGUCUCGUUCAUCCAAAUGCUGAAAUCAGCCACUCCCGUGGCCGUACUGAUGGUAUCCUGGUUCUUUGGGACCGAGAAAUUCGAUCCAAAGAUCUUUGUCAACGUCCUGUUCAUCACAUUCGGUAUCGCUAUUGCUUCGUUCGGAGAGAUCACAUUCGUAAUGACCGGCUUCAUCCUCCAAUCCAUGGCCCUCCUUUUCGAAUCGACGCGGCUGGUGCUCAUCCAGAAACUGCUGAGCGGGCGGGAUAUCAAGAUGGAGGCGCUGGUUGGACUGUACUACUUUGCCCCCGUCUGUGCGGGAAUCAACAUGUUCACGACGUACUUGCUGGAGUCGGAUCGGAUUACGAUGGCCGCGGCGCAGAAUGUUGGGUUGUCGGUUAUUCUGUUCAAUGGAGCUACCUCAUUCCUCCUAAACGUCUCGGCAGUCCUCGUCAUCAAAAAGACAUCCACCCUCGUCCUCGCCCUCUGCGGCCUCCUAAAAGAUAUCGGCAUUGUCGUCCUCGCCACCCUCGUCUACAGCACCCCCAUCGGCACCCUGCAGGGGUUCGGCUACUCGCUAGCCCUGCUCGGGCUGAUCAGGUACAAGACCCGGACAGAGGCGUUUUGGAAUCAUCCGGUUAAGAGCACGUUGUUGGGGGUAAAGAGGGUUCUGGGGUUAUUGAGUAACAAAGGUGGCGAAUUCUCUUCAUCACAAAAGGGCGGGUACAAACCAGCCAACGUCAUGGCUUCCCGUGACGACGAUAAGGAGUACGCGCUGCCGACAAUGGCGUCGCAUUCGCCGGUUCGGCCGUAGAUUGUAAAUCCUGGGCUGAGGGAGAGUGGAAGGAGAAUGAGAAACAUGGGAAUGGACAUCGAA